GGCAAACUGGAAACGUAGCACGAGAGACGAUCACUCAUCACACCACAAAACCACCCCAACUUCUUCUGCUCCCCUCUUCCUCUCUCCCUCUCCAUAAACCCAUCCCAAACAUAUCAAUGGAGCCAAGUACUGAUCCUAAUAACAGCAACAACGCAGUGGCGAACCCGAAUGUUCAUCACCACUGCAUGGACAUGGAGGCUGAGAUAACCGCCCCGGAAGUCCACAAGGUGGUGGCGCCGCCUCCGAGGACCACCCUCCAGAAGCUCAAAAGUCGGCUCAAGGAGACGUUCUUCCCCGAUGACCCGCUCCGGCAGUUCGAGGGGCAGCCGCGGGGGAAGCGGUUCAUCCUCGGCGCCCAAUACGUGUUCCCCAUCCUCCAGUGGGGCCCCCAUUACAGCCUCCAGCUCUUCAAGUCCGACAUCGUCGCUGGUCUCACCAUCGCCAGCCUAGCCAUCCCUCAGGGGAUCAGUUACGCUAAGCUAGCAAGCCUGCCCCCAAUCGUGGGCCUCUAUUCAAGCUUUGCUCCACCGUUGGUGUAUGCGGUGCUGGGAAGCUCAAGGGAUCUAGCGGUGGGCCCAGUCUCCAUAGCAUCACUGCUAAUGGGGUCGAUGCUGAGGCAAGAGGUGUCCCCGACGAAGCAGCCUCUCCUCUUCCUUCAACUCGCCUUCUCUUCCACCUUCUUCGCCGGUCUCUUCCAAGCUUCCUUAGGAUUUCUAAGAUUAGGAUUUAUAAUAGACUUUCUAUCGAAGGCAACUCUGAUUGGGUUUAUGGCGGGGGCUGCCAUCAUAGUGUCGCUGCAGCAGCUGAAGAGCCUCCUCGGAAUUGUACAUUUCACCCCACAGAUGGGUUUGGUCCCUGUCUUGUCCUCUGUUUUCCACCAAACCAACGAGUGGUCGUGGCAAACGAUAUUGAUGGGCGUCUGCUUUCUCGGGCUUCUCCUUCUUGCUCGCCACGUGAGCAUGAGGAGACCAAGGCUCUUCUGGAUCUCGGCAGGGGCCCCGUUGUUGUCAGUGAUCCUUUCCACCCUCGUCGUCUUCGCAUUUAAAGCCCAACACCACGGCAUCAGUAUUAUUGGCAAGCUACAAGAAGGGCUGAACCCCCCUUCCUGGGACAUGCUGCACUUCCAUGGAAGCUACCUUGGACUUGUCAUGAAAACCGGGCUUAUCACUGGCAUCAUUUCCCUCACGGAAGGAAUAGCAGUGGGAAGGACAUUUGCUGCCUUGAAGAACUACCAAGUUGAUGGGAACAAGGAGAUGAUAGCAAUCGGGCUAAUGAACAUUGUCGGCUCCUCCACUUCUUGCUACGUUACCACAGGUGCAUUUUCUCGAUCAGCCGUAAAUCACAAUGCAGGAGCAAAGACAGCGGUCUCCAACAUAGUAAUGUCAAUUACAGUAAUGGUGACCCUCCUCUUCUUGAUGCCCCUGUUCCAGUACACACCGAAUGUUGUCCUCGGGGCAAUCAUUGUCACAGCAGUGAUUGGUCUCAUUGAUGUUCCAGCCGCUUAUGCCAUCUGGAAGAUUGACAAGUUUGACUUUGUCGUGAUGCUGUGUGCCUUCUUUGGUGUCCUUUUCAUCUCUGUCCAAGACGGUCUUGCUAUAGCCGUUGGAAUCUCAAUAUUCAAGAUACUUCUGCAAAUAACAAGGCCGAAGACGGUGAUGUUAGGGAAUAUACCGGGGACUGAUCUAUAUCGGAAUCUACACCAGUACAAAGAAGCAAUCAGAAUCUCAGGCUUCCUGAUAUUAAGUAUAGAAGCAUCGAUCAAUUUUACCAAUACCACGUAUCUGAAGGAAAGAAUUUCAAGGUGGAUAGACGAGUACGAGGCAGAGGAUGUGAAGAAGCAAUCAUGCCUUCGAUAUGUGAUAUUAGAGCUAUCAGCUGUGAGUGCCAUUGACACGAGCGGGGUCUCCUUUUUCAAUGACCUGAGGUUGGCACUGGAAAAGAAGAACAUCGAGCUUGUGCUCGUGAAUCCUCUCGGAGAGGUAAUGGAGAAGCUGCAGAAAGCUGACGAAGGUAAUGACCUGCUAAGACAGGAUAGCCUCUACUUGUCUGUGGGAGAGGCAGUUGCUUCACUUUCAUCUUCCCUGAAACCAGCAGCCCGAGUUUAAAUUGUUAGUAGCUCUUGGUGCUGUAGAAGCAAGAAAUUAUUAAAAUGUCUAAUCAUCAGCAGCCUUUGUGUUUGGAAAUAAUACAUUUUUGACCCAUUAUCAAGGCAAGGCUUGUGACAAUAACUGGUCAAUUGAAAACAAGGGGGUGUGUAAGUGUUGCCGCAUUCAUCCGCGAAAUCAAAAA